GUAACUUCCGUUCUCACGCACUUCCGGUUUAGCUUAUUCCAUCCAUGCUCCCGAAACGGUGAAUUUUACAACACGAAAGGGAAGAAAAAGACCCAGAAAACCCACCGCGAAAAUGUUCAAACUGGAGGGACUCGGACCUAAAAUGGAUCCGGAGGAGAUGAAGAAGAAAAUGAGACAAGACGUCAUCUCAUCUUUACGAAACUUCCUUAUUUACGUCGCCCUUCUCAGAGCCACUCCGUAUGUGUUAAAGAAGCUGGACAGCAUAUGAACAGAGCUGGUGUCUUCUGCCGUCAUCCACUGAGAGUUUACCGCAUCAGAGACACCGAGGACCAUCAUCAGCAGGCGGCUGGGGCCUUUACAGCAGAUCCUGUUGAAGACGACCGUCGUCUGUCCACCACUGCACCUGAGGAAACACCUUGUUCUCAUUUAUAGUCUGCCUUUUUCUUCUUAAACAUCUUGUGAUAGUUGUUGAAUGCAAAGUUUGAUAGUGUGUACACUGUAUGCCUGCCAUGUGCACACAAUAAAGGGGAAACCAUG